GAAGGCUGAGUCAUCUCCGAAGGGGGAGGGUGGGCGGAGGAUGGAUACUAGCGCUCACACCAGCUCUCCCAGGCUGAAAGAGGGAGAUAAAAAGCUCAGAGAGAGAGAGAGAGAGAGAGAGAGAGAGAGAGAGAGAGAGAAAGAGAGAGAGAGAGAGAGAAUGUUUGUUUGAUACAGUUGGGUCAGUGAAGGCUGCUGCUGGGGUGGCUUGAGGCAUUGUAUUGUCCACUGUGUUUGUGUCCUGAAGGAUCUUUGCAACCUCACUUAGACACUAAAACACUUGAAUUCACAACAUGGAAGUUACGACGACAGCAUCUCUUCUAUUCGCUCUUCUGUUUGGAGUCUGCUUCACUCUUUCAGAUGGGGUGGCAUUGAGAAGGGAGAAAAGGGGCACACGGGGCUACAACAGCCAGUGUGUGGACAGCCAGAGUGGAGCGGUGCGAGGUGUGGGGGAGGUGUGGCUGCGCUGGAGGGGGCAGCAGGCAGAGUCUUGCCGCUGCACACGCGGACGACAGUACUGCCACUAUGUGCCCGUCGUCACCUGCUACGUGUCUCGGUGCUAUAAUGGAGGGACGUGUAAGGAGGCGGUGUACUCCAACGAUCACCUGUGCCAGUGUCCGCCAGGCUUUGCUGGGUCACAGUGUGAGAUCAACACAAGUGAGAAGUGCAUCAUGGGAGCUGGGAAUGGUUACCGCGGCAGCUGGAGCAUCAGUCGGUCGGGAGCGGAAUGCAUCAACUGGAACUCCACGGCCCUGAGGAGCAAGAAGUACACCGCAUGGAGAGCAGAGGCACACAGCUUGGGACUGGGCAACCACAACUACUGCAGGAACCCCGAUGGAGACUCUAAGCCAUGGUGCUACAUCUACAAAGGAACACAGAUCGCUUGGGAGUUCUGCACUCUACCCAGCUGUCCGACAGAUUCCAACCGUGAGUGUGUGCUGGGGACGGGUCGCUCGUACCGGGGCACGGCGGCGGUGACCAAGAGCGGCUCCAAGUGCCUGGCCUGGGACUCCUCCUCCACCUCCCGCAAGUUCUACAACGCCUGGAGGGCCGACGCGCAGACCCUCGGCCUGGGCAGCCACAACUUCUGCAGAAACCCCGAUGGUGACCUGAGUCCUUGGUGUCACACCUACAAGGGCAGCAAGCUGACGUGGGAGCUGUGUGACAUCCCCAAAUGCCCAAGAAGCGUCACUACAAUCACCACGCAGGGUCCUCGAGCACCAAACACCAGCAAUGGCAACAGAGGUACGUGUGGUCAGCGUGCAUCGCGGGGCUCGGUGUCGGACCUGCUGCCCUCCUACCGCAUCGGCGGUGGCAAGGAGAGUGACAUCCGCGAGCAGCCGUGGCAGGCGGCCAUCACGGUGUACCGGCCGCGCUCCCGCGUCCACAGCUUCCUGUGCGGCGGCGUCCUCAUAGACUCCUGCUGGGUGCUCUCCGCGGCACACUGCUUCCACGAGGGUUUUGCAGCCAGUCGCGCUCAGGUGACUCUGGGUCGCACGUUCCGCCUCAAGAACUCCAGCUCUGAGCAGAUCUUUGAUGUGGAGAAGUACUGGGUCCACGAGCAGUACAAGGAGGACACCUACGACAACGACAUAGCCUUGCUGAAGCUGAAACCCAACAGUGAGACAGGCAUGUGUGCUGUGGAGAGUCCGGAGGUGCGGCCGGUGUGUUUGCCCGACACCAAACUGCAGCUGCCAGACUGGACAGAGUGUGAGAUCUCUGGCUACGGCAAAGAGCAUGAAUUCUCCCCAUUCUACGCUGAGCGUGUGAAGCAGGGUCACGUGCGUCUGUGGCCGCAGGACCGCUGCGUGUCCGACAGGCUGGCCGGCCGCGUGGUGACGUCCAACAUGCUGUGUGCAGGAGACACGAGAGGCCUGGACGACGCCUGCAAGGGUGACUCUGGUGGCCCCCUGGUGUGCCCCAGUGGUGGCCGCAUGACCCUGAUGGGGCUGAUCAGCUGGGGAGACGGCUGCGGCAAGCCCGACACGCCGGGAGUCUACACGCGCGUCACACACUACAUAGACUGGAUCAACAGCAAGAAGAGGAGCAACUGAGAACAGUCUCACAAACAAACAUAUACACACAUACCGAUUUAGACAUUUGCAAAACAUGCAUGCGCCCACACACGGCCACACACGGCCACACACAC